GCCUGUUUCGCUUUGACAGAUAACCGAGCAUCGAAAACACGCGCACCGUUUCACGAUAACGGCACAAAAACUCCCGGGCUGAAAUGUGGUCGGGGACACGCACAGUCCGUUGACGUAGGGGCCGUUGUUUGUGUCAGUCCGAGGCCGGCUCAGGUUGCCCAGCCAGCGGCUUACUGCUCUGCUAAAUCACCCCCUGUUAGCUCCUGAGUUAGCACGGCUAGCGUUAGCCAGCUGAGUGUGACAGGCUCGGCUUCUUAUCCCGGGAUAAAACAAAACAAACCGAGGAGGAAGGAAACAGGGAUGGUGCAGCCCCAGCCUGAUGGCCCGAUGCAGUGGGAGAUGUCAGGAGAGGAGAGCGGAGGGGCCCUCAGGGUCCCACCAGAGCUGGCUGCCAAUGAAGUAGUGACCAGGCUGCUGGGUGAUAACCAGCAGCUGAGAGAGGCCCUGCGGCGGAGCAACCUAGCCUUGCGUCAGCGCUGUGAGGAGAUGGAGGGAUGGCAGCGCAGGACAAGAGAGGAAAGAGAAUUCCUCAGCUGUCGUUUCCAGGAGGCCAGGGCCCUGGUGGAGAGGCUGGCCCAGGAGAACCACUCCUUACAGGGUUUGGUGAACGGACCAGCGUCCUCCUCGAACCACUGCUGCAGCUCCAGCCAGACUGAAGACCUGCAGGGGCGUCCAGCGAGGAAUGGACCACUGGAUGGACCACAAACUCUGGAUCAGCGGGAAAAGAAGCAAGCUGAAGAGAUGGAUCAGGACACGCAGACCAUACCGCCUCGCAGCCUGGAUGAUGAGAAUAGCUCCCUCGGUAGCACCCUCCCUUCUCCCCCCACCUCACUUUCAGAGGCAUGGGGGGAGUUAAUGGGCAGGGAGAAUGGUCAGCCCGUGGAAGGCGCAAAUGAAUUCCUCCAGUUGUUGAAGAGCCACAAAGAGAAACUGGAGGAAGGAAUGAGAGAGCUGAGGAAGAAGAACGACGAGCUGGAGAGGGAGAGGGACGAGGGCGACAAAGAGAAAGAGCAAAUGCGGCGCUGCAUUGAUCAGCUACGGGCCAGAGUGGCCCAUCAGGCCAGCAAUGUCACAGAGGAGGUUGUUCAGCAUCGCUCUGAGGCACAGCACUCCUCUGACUGCUCCAGCCUGGCUAAACUCACAGAGCAGCUUCAGGCCACACAGGGCAGGUAUCGCGAGUUGGAGGAGAAGCUUGAUUACCUGCAGAAGAGUUCAGCUCAGCGGGACAGGACUGAAGCUCUCCUCAAACAGAAGGACAAGGACUGUGCCCAGCUGGCUAAGGACUGCGAGGCGCUCAAAGCUCAAGCAACUUCCCUGUUAGGAGAACUGAACGAGAGACAGAGCUGCCUGGACAAAAGCGAGCACGAACGUAAAAUGUUGGAAGAAAAGCUGUGCAGUAAGAUGAAGGCCCUGCAGGUGGCAGAGCGGGACCUGGAGCAGCAGAGGAAGCAGCAUCAUGUGGCCAUGGACAAGCUGCUGCUGCAGACCCAGAGCCUGGAACAGGCUCUGAAGACAGAGAGACAUGUCGUCACAGAGGAGAAGAAGAAACUGACACAACUGCAGCAUGCCUACACGUGUCUUUUUAGAGACUAUGAUUCUAAACUGAAAACUGAGGGAGGAGAUCUGUGCAGCCGACUAGAGGAGGCAGAGAGAGCGCUGGCCCUGAAGCAGGACCUGAUCGAUAAACUGAAGGAAGAGGUGGAGCAACAGAAAGGCUCUCUGGAGACUGUUCCUGUCCUCACUGCACAGGCCGAGAUCUACAAGUCAGAUUUCUUAGCGGAGCGAGAGGCGAGAGAGAAGCUGAACCAGAAGAAGGAGGAGCUGCAGGACCAGCUGACUCAGGCCCUGGCUGAGAUUGACAGGUUCAAACAGGAAGCCACAUCACGUGCACGUAUUGAGCAAAUGAAGCUGAGACACUUGGAAGACUUUUCAACACGUCCACCUCCACAAGGCGUGUUCCCCGGUGCAACUUUUAACACUGCUCCCCCGGCCCCCGCGUUCCGCAAUCAAGGUUUGGGACCAGUCGGUGAUCAAGGGGCAGCCGGAGCUGAGGAGCUGCCAGAUUUAUGCUGUCCUAAGUGCCAAUACCAGGCCCCAGAUAUGGACACGCUGCAGAUACAUGUCAUGGACUGCAUACAGUAACAUGAGCCUAGUUCAACGCACUCGCAUAGAGAUACAUACAGUACACAGUGUAUUUCCGUUCUUGCCACUGAGUGUGUCUGCUCCCAUCUCCAGGCACACUUUGGGAAAACAUGUUUGGUAGCACUUUACUCUCUCUGCCGACACGCAUACACAAACCUGAAUACAUUCUAUAAAUCUCAUGAUGGAAUCAAGACAAGUGUGCAACACAUGACCGUAUGAAGACCGCAAGAUAAUCAGCAUGGUAUUUUUUACUGCUUUCUUUGUUCCUACCUGAUCUGUUACUUCCGCUCUUCCACCUCCAUACACUCUGCCUCUGACAUAGCACACUGAUGCACGUGUCCAUCAGUAUUUGUACAUGAUCCCUGAUUUCUUGACUCAGUCCCAUUUAUCACUUGCUAAAGUGACGUUGUGACGUGGCAGCUGAGGAGUUAAAUACAUGCUGCGGAGUAAGUGUGUAUACUCUGACUGCCUCGUCUAUAUUACACACGUCAGUAAUCAUUGGGCCUAUGGUGAAAAAAGUGACAAUUCAGAGGGGCCCUCUUCCCCUCAAAGCAGAAAACUUAUGAGAAUGUGAAUAACCUAGUGAGCUUUAAAUAAUCUAGAAUAUUCCAAUCUGUUUUGUUUCUAAUUGUUGCUGUCUGCAUUACCUCAAAACAUGUAUUAUUAUCUAUUAGAGAUGGAUUUACUCUUAUUGAAAAAAAAGUAGCCAUUCUCUGUGUUCUGUGCCUGUGUACACCUUUGAAUGCACCACUGCUUUAUCUCUAAUGCUAAGCCUGACCCUUAACCCAACAUAGACCAUUUUUGUGCCCCUUACUCUGUCUCCUCUUUACCUGUGGCACCUUGUUAUUUAUCUGUCUGAAGGAGGCACAACAAGGGUCCUUCACAGUUUGUGUGACUGUUGUCUGUAAUUCUAGAUAAUUUGGUGCAAAGAACAUGGUUUCAAACUGUUGAAGAUUUACUAAAUAAAUAAAUCAUUUAUUCGUUA